UCGCUAUUCCCGACGUCCGGCGUUUUCGCCAACUCCUCGAGACUCGCGACGCGGACGAGCGCCCCCGCGGGCAGCGCCUCGCGACGCCCGGCGACGGCCUUGACCCAAAUUGCCUGAGCCGCCAUCUGUGACCGCGCGUGUGUUUGUGUGUGCUAAUGGGCCGUCUCUCUCGCAGGUGUAGUGAUAAUCAGGCGUUAGUCACUGGCUAGGAAAAUUCGCCGCCUUAAUUAACUAAGCCCUCAGCGCGGCCGGUCAUGAGCGCGAGCAUGGGCCCCUCCCGCCGCGGCCAGACCCCCGCGGGGCGCCGGCUCAGAUGACGGGUGGCCAAGGAGCGACCUCUCGUGACCUUCCCCGGGCCAGCUUCGUGACCUUGCGUGGGCAUGGACUUCUAGUUGACCCGGCCGAGGCCUUCUGGACACCUGGUCUGGGCGAUCGGGUAGCUCCUGCCUGUGACCGCGUGCUUGUGCGACCUGCGGGAACGGGUGACCCGCGGUGAUCUUGCGUGACCCGGUCGAGCGAGAGAGCGAGGUCCAGGUCAGACCCGGAGUGAGUUUGCCUUUCCGGCUCGACGCGCUUGCAGGCGGACCGCCGCGUCGCCCUCCCUCGGGACUGAAGUGAGCGCCGAAGGACGCGACAGCCCGCGAGUAGCCUCCCUGCAGGACGAGGCGGAGGGCGCGAGGGAGCGACGCCCUGCGCGGAGGGCCGGCCGGCGUGCGAUGGGGCUCGUGUGCUCGGGCAAGUGCGGCCAAGACGCGGUAGGGCCCGAGCCCGACGCACAGCCCCCACGCCGCCCCGCCAGCGGCAAGGGCACCAAGGUCACGCCCUUGGACGACGAGGCCAAGGGCCUGGCUGAGAGCACGGGACGAGGCGCCAGGAGCGACAGGGAGGCCAGGGACGCGGAGGAGCUGCAGCAGGCGCAGCAGGAGUACCGGAAGGAGGAGGCGUCGGACAGCGAGGACACGCAACCACUGAUGCCCACCAAGACACUGCUGGUGCAGGAGGCGGCCGCGGGCGAGGAGCCGCUCGCGCCGCACGCCCACGGUGUGAGCGCGCCGAACCUCGCCUUCAACAGCCGCAACAAAAUGAACCACCUGGACCACUCUCCCUCUCAGGAGGUGACGGGGGACAUGGUGGGCCAGUUCCUGAAGGCGCACCCGGAGUUCCUGGAGUCGUGGCUGAUGGAGCAGGUGGAGCUGGAGACCCUCGAGAGGUGGAUGAUCCGGCGGACGCAGAGGGCCAAGCAGAAGAGCCUCGAGAACGGGACCAACGGUCCGCCCGUUGCUCCGGCUGUAUGUCUUAAGAGAAGCACAAGUAAAAUCAUCAGGAAGACGAGCUUAUCGCGUUGGAAGUUCUGCGUGCACGCGGACAAGCGCAAGAUGUUGCAAGAACUGACCAGCUCGUUGCACGCGCGGCCCAACAAGGCGCAUGUGUUGUGGGAGCUUGCACAUUGCAUCUCGUCAGCUGUCAACGCCGACGGGUUCAACCUGUACCUGGUGGAUCACGUGACCUCGACGCUGCAGCAUUACGUCGAAACCAAAGACGGGACGGAGGUCACGGGCGGCGAUCGGUGGGCGUGCGACGUGGGGCCGGGCACGUGGAUGUGCGCCUGGAUCGCCCACUCGCGCCAGACUCUGCGGGUGACCUCGCCCUCGCAUGACCCGAGGUUCCCACGCGGCUCGCCCUUCCCUGAGCAGGGCCUGCAUCACGCGCUGGGCAUGGUGGUGGUGCAGAGCGACGGGCACCUGGCGGCGGUGCUGGAGAUGUACCGGCGGGAGAGCGGCGAGUGCUUCCACGAGGAGGACGAGGAGAUCGUGAACUCAUACCUGGUGUGGGGGGGGAUCGCCCUGCACUACGCCGAGCUCUACCACAGCAUGGUCAAGCAGAGGAAACUCAACGACUUCAUUCUCUCCGUCGUCAAGUCGAUCUUCCAGGACAUGGUGAGCAUGGACACUCUCAUCAUGAAGGUGAUGAACUUCGCGCAGAAGCUUGUCAACGCCGACCGCGCCUCGCUCUUCCUCGUCGACGCCAAGAACCGGCAGCUGUACGCCAGGAUCUUCGACAUGGGCAGCGAGUUCGACGAGGAUAACCCGCCCCAGGCAUCCAAGGAGAUCAGAUUCGCCAUCGGCAAGGGCAUCGCGGGCAUCGUGGCGCAGACGGGGCAGGUCCUGAACAUCCCCGACGCCUACGCCGACCCUCGCUUCAACCGCACCGUCGAUCAGCUGACCGGUUACGUCACCAAGUCGAUCCUGUGCAUGCCCAUCUUCAUCCGGGGAAACGUCAUCGGCGUCAUGCAGAUGGUCAACAAGCAUGGCGGGAUCUUCAGCAAGGUCGGUGAUGAGGAGGAUGAGGAGAGCUUUGAGAUGUUCGCUGUCUACUGCGGCCUCGCCCUCCACCACGCGAAGCUCUACGAUAAGAUAAGGCGCUCCGAACAGAAGUAUAAGGUAGCGUUAGAGGUGCUCAGUUACCACAACUCAUGUAAUGAUGAAGAAUUAGACCUUAUACAAGCACAAAGUCUUAGUGAAGCACCUCCUGGGGUGGAUGACUAUUACUUCUGCCCGCUGAACCUCGAGGACAUGGAGAAAGUCCGCCACGCCAUCUACAUGUUCGUGGACUUGUUCGGCCUCACGCGCUUCGAGAAGGACUGCCUCAUCCGGUUCACGCUGACGGUGAAGAAGAACUACAGGAGGGUCCCUUAUCAUAACUGGACGCACGGGUUCAGUGUGGCUAACUCCAUGUACACCAUUAUCAAACACUCGCCCAAGACUUUCCGACCGCUGGAGUGCCUGGCGUUGUUCAUCGGCUCUCUGUGCCACGACCUGGACCACCGAGGCAAGAAUAACAAGUUCAUGCUGGAGACGGAGAGCCCCCUGGCGGCCAUCUACACCACGUCGACGCUGGAGCACCACCACUUCAACCAGACGGUCACCAUUCUGCAGCAGGAGGGACACAACAUAUUCGGGAAGCUGACGUCGAACGAGUACAAGCAGGUUCUGGGCAACAUCAAGCACUGUAUCCUGGCCACCGACUUGGCCAUGUUCUUCCCCAACAAGGCAAAGUUGGCCAAGCUGGUGGAGGAGAAUCAGUUCGAUUGGGAGAACCCAGAGCACAGGCUGCUGAUCGAGGCCAUCGCCAUGACCGCCUGUGACCUGUGCGCGUCCGCCAAGCCGUGGGACGUGCAGGUCGAGACGGUCAAGGUCAUCUUCGAGGAAUUCUAUGAGCAGGGCGACGCCGAGAAGGCCGUGGGCAAGAGUCCGAUCCCGAUGAUGGACAGAACCAAGACGGACGAGCAGGCGUCCUCGCAGGUGGGCUUCCUGUCGGGGAUCUGCAUUCCGUGCUACGAGCUGCUGCACAAGCUGAUCCCGAACACCGAGCCCCUCCUGGCGGGCUGCAAGAGCAACCUCGAGACGUGGAAGAGCAUCGCGAGCGAGAAGAAGGCGAAGGCCAGAGAAGAGGAGGAGGAGGAAGGCGAAGAGACGGACACGGGGAUUGAGGAAGUGAAUGGCGACGAGGACGAGGAGGGAGAGGAGACGGUGGAGGAGAUCGACGACGACUGCAUUGACAGCAGAGAUAACGGGGAUGAUAAAUAGGGGGCGAAGAGGGAGGAGGAAGAGGGAGAUGCCUCAGCCACUUCCUCUGAGGCGGUGGACGUGCCCAGGAAGAGGAGGGGAAGGGCACUGCAUCGCACAGAGCUCUCGUUCGGACCCCGUUUAUUACAUGUCUGUGUCUAAGAUACGUUGACGAUGAGAAGAUAAUGAGUUAUCUUUUUUUGAAGUGAAAAUUAUUAAUAAUGUUGAUAGUUAUUAAUUGUUAAGGUUCUUCGAUUUCUCUUUCAUUUAGGUAAUAGCAAUCAUGCUUGUUUGUGAAAAUGUAUUCACAGAUCCUUAAAUAGAAGUUGAUGAAAGCCAAAGAACUCGCAUAAAACAGGAGCAUUACACGGACGAGAGGAAAUGGUACUUAAAUGCCUCUGAACUGUGAUAUAUUAUCACAUCUUAUUGUUGUAAUUUUCACCAUGAAAUCAAAACCAGUUCUGAAUCUCUUCGACCAAAGAGAGAAAAAGACAGAACAAGGGAGGGAAAGAACACGCGAACCUGUCGCUCCUGAUGUGCUUUUCUUGUGUUUCUUCUCUCUCUCUCUCUCUCUCUCUCUCUCUCUCUCUCUCUCUCUCUCUCUCUCUCUCUCUCUCUCUCUCUCUCUCUCUCUCUCUCUCUCUCUCUCCUAACAGGAAGGACGAGAGAGUUUGUCUGGAUUCCUUC